GUUGGAGCAGGUGCGCUGGUUGUUUACAAAUGGCCGACUUUCCAUAGCAGCAAGAAGUCGCAGUCUAUUUUCAUGGUUUUCUUCUGUUUUGUGUUGGAAACACUGAAUCAAGAUGGCUUUGACACCAAGACAUACGACAUAUGGGGAUUCAUUUGGCAGGGAAGACAAUGGGCAAACUCCACGACCUCGUGGACGGCAUGGUGGGGGUCGGCAAGCCCUUCCACCAGCAGACCGUGAACUUGUACCAAUACAAAUAGCCACGCCCACGCCGCGUGUUGUUUUAGCACCAGAUAAUCCAAGAAUAGACUACAUAGAAAACAGACUUGCAAACCAGGAACAUAAUUUGAAAGGACUGAUGGACAAAGCAUUGAAAAUCAAAGAAGAUAUCAUAGAAAGUUUGAAUUUCAAUCAUGGUACAUGGCAUGAGGAGAAAUAUGCUCGGGAGAUGUUACAGGAGCAUAUCCGAACUAUUACAGCAGUUGUCAAAAGAAUGGGUAGAGAUAUUGAGAUUUUAGAAGAACAACUCAGGAAUCGUGAUGUGGUCCAUCAGGGUGCAAACUCAGCAGUCAAAAAUUUGGAAAUGCACCACAUAGCUGGGCAGACAGAUCUCAGGGGGAGAGUUGCAAGAUGUGAUGCCUCACUGUCAAGACUCUCAGCAGAUAUCAAGGCCUGUAAUGACAAUAUCAAGGUCCUCGCUCUUCAGGUCACUGACAAUACAAACAGAAUUUAUGACAGGUUCCAAUCUUUUGAACAGAAGCUUGCAGAAGUCGGUGCCAAGAUCGAAAAGGUUAAUGUCGAAUCAACAAUGCAGAUCAAACACGUUGAAGGUGAUUCUUCACAGCAGUUGUCAUUGCUUGACGUUAAGACCAGGGGUAUUGUCGAGGAUCUCAGGAAUAUGAUCGCCACAAAUAGGGUGCACUCAGAAAAUGAACGCGAGAAGAUGGAAACGAGAAUACUGACCUACUUGGAAAGGAGCAACACGACAAGGGACAAUAAAGCAGACAAGUUUGAGAAAAUCAUUAAUGAGUGGAUAAAGAAUUUGAAUGAAAGGAUCACCAAAUUAGAAGACGAAACGAGACAACAGCAAGAAAAGCUAAUCAUUGUGGAAUCGACUUUCGAUCACAAACUGACACAAGUGAUCGAAAACAACAUGAAGAAACAGAAAGAAGAACACAUGAGGCUAAAACAAGAAUGCCGUGAAGGUUUCAGCACCGUCCACGACAGUAUCGGCAAUAUGAAAUUGGUCAUGGAUGGGAAGAGACGUCUGCUUGAAGAGCAUCUCAAACGUGAUAUUGCUACAAUCAAGAAAAUGGUGGUCUUGGUCUGAUUGGUCGAGAUUGUGGUCUUGGUUUCAGUAUCACAGCCAAACAUGUGGUCGCCGUCCAAUUCUUUAGAUUGUAGGCAAUACUCCUUUGACGACUUUUAAUCAGCAGAUUGGAAGAAACUUUUCCAGAUUUCGUGUCCAGGUACGCAUGUACAUGAAUAUGAACUUGUCUGAACUCAUCAUGUGCUUGCGUAACUGGAUACAAAAUCUGGAAAUUUUGCUCCCGGCCGAUUUUGGAUUGGGGCAGAUAUAAUCUCCUCAAAGGAUUAUUGUGGGCUGAUCAGUCAGAGCUAAUAGGGCUUCCUUUUCGGUCGUUACGUGUACUCCUAGUUAGAAUGUUAGGAAGUUAGCAAUUUUGGUAACAAAAAGCUUUGAAACUGGCGCUGGCACCAAAGUCUCAUGAUAUACUAUGUCAUUUAUCCUUGUGAUUGCACUAGCUUCCUUUGUUAAAAAAACUGGCGGGAACCUUGACUUUGAAACGCAGACCUACAUGUAACUUUCCAAAUAAGACCUGCACUACUGUGUGAGAAAGAGGUUGUUUUUGCCAGCAUGACUAAAGCUGGCACUAGGCCUACUGCUCACCUUGGGUCACGGGUAAAGGUUAAUCAGCUUUUCCAAAGUAACGUCAGUCCGAAUGCCAAAAUCUAAAUUGCCAGAAUACACAGCAAAUUUUUUAAUUGUUGUCACUGAAUAGUGAAGACUAGCACUGGCUACAGACAUGCGUUGUAUAAUGCUCUUGAUUUGCAUGCAAAUGCAACAGUUGUUCAUAAUAAUUCAAAAUUCCACUGCCAAGAAUUUUUUUAUGAAAUGAAUAGUGUGCUGUGAGUUUGUUUGUGUUAAUGUCGACAUAUCAGUACUUGAGUUGAUUGCAUUCUAAGCAUUGUUUGCUGGGUUUUUAUCUUUGUAUAGAUAUAUUUAUCAUAGUUUAGAAAAAGGAAAACCUCACCAAACAAUGUCACAGUAUUGCAAUGACUCGGUGUCACUUGGUCUGAAGUUUUAAAAUAUUGAACUACAUUCUGUACAUUUCCAUUUACUAAAAGGUAGAUCUUAAAUAUUUAUAUACCGGUAGUAAAUGUUUUUAUGCAUCGUAUCCAAACUUUUUAAAAUUGUGUGUAUAUGAUCUCACUCUCAAUGAAUAUGUUUUUAUAUUGUGACAAAUUUCUUUGUUCUGUUUUGACAUCUUAAGUGUACAGUGUAGGUACCUGUAGUGUGAUAAACUGUCGUUCCAUCAUUAAAUUGGUGGGUAUUACUGCUAGGAUGUGUGAUUUAAGGAGUGCAUUUCACCCCUCAAGAAUUUGUUUGAGAAAAGAUUUCUUUUGUAUUUGAAGUAGAAGGGUCAAUGCUACAUGUGUACAUUGAACCAUCACUAUGUGUAUUCCAUGACAUCCUAGUAGUUGAGGUAUAUUGAAAUUCCAGUAUUAUUUUACAUUUCAUGACUGAAGAAUCCUGUCACAGUCUUCCUAGAACUUCUUUCGACUUUGGUAAUAAAAUAAAUUUAUAAGUCAAAUUGUGAAGAGAAUAUACAUGUCAUAAGGCUUUCCUUUAAAGAAUUUACAAACUGUGAAAAGAACAUUUUGUGAU